UUGUCCAGAUGUCACGUGCUUUAUGUUUGGACACAGCGCGGCUUCAUUGCCUUUUUUGUUGUCAUAGAGAAUAAUAGUGAGAUGACGUCAUAUGUAAUUCUAGUGUCUUUGUCUAGACAAAAGUUUCAUGUGCAUUUGUCCGGCACACUGCGGAUUCUUAGCUCCAGGAUCUGGGAUGGGACUAAUUCUGAUUAUAUUUCUAGGAUUCUUUGCAGCUCCCGUCAGCCAGGGCGGACCACUCUGUGCAAGGAAUGAGUGCAUGUCUACAAGUGGGCAGUGUUUGACCGUCAAUCAAACUAAUCAGGUGUGUCGAGAUGUGGGAGGGGCGUGUCGGGAGGCGGGGCAGCGCUGGAAUCACACGACCUGCUUCAUGGUGGAAUGUCGUGGUCCGCGGAUAUCUGUCGUCAGCGACAAUUGUGUGAAUAGUGACGGAGAAUGUGUUUCAAUGGACUCGGAAAAUCAGCUGUGUCGGGACCAGAAAGGAAACUGUAGAUCACACGGCAGUCGAUGGAGAUAUAAAUGCUAUAAAGUUUCUUGUCAAAAUAACAGAGUGGAAAUCAUCAAUGCAAAAUGCUGUGUUAAAGAUUCGAAAGGCUGUGUCAGACCGCUUGACUGUCGAUCUCCGGGUGAAAUCUGGACAGUGCCAGGGGAGGGAACUCUACAGUCAUGCAACGUGACGAUAGACGACAAGGGGCAUCACAACUUCCGCUAUUUCAGUCCCUUAAUCUGAUGCUAUCACAGGGAGUUCGGAAGAGACACAUGUAUCACAAUAAUUAACAUUAAAAAAUGUUUGUUAAUUCAA